AUGGCGCUCUCACAAAGGGAUUCGUCGGUUAAUGGGACCUGGCCAACCAAAGACAUAAUCUACCUCUCAAUCGUCGGCCCAUUGAUGCUCGCAGCCCUGUUUGAAUGGGUUCUCUGGCUCAGCGCCUUCAUCUACUGCUUAAUAAAGGUUUGGAUAAAAGCAGACCAUUGGAGUAUAAGAGUUCUCGCCGUGGUGAUGGUGUUCUUGUUCACAGUGAUGCGACUUGCAUUCCUUCUAGUCAUGCUCGUGACACUACCGUUGCCGCCACAGAUCACGGUUAAAUUACCCCACGAAAUGGUACAUGGCUUUCAAGUAUUCGCGUUCUGGUCCUUUUCUGUUCUUCUGAUCGGUCCAUGGCUAUUCUGUGUUUACGGACUCACCACCAAUUCACUGGGGAGAAAAAAGAGGAUCAAGCGAGUACUUGAUGAUCGGACGGCUCCGAAGACUGUGGUUGUGAUGCCAGUAUACAAGGAGGAGCCAAGUAUCUUGAUUAAAGCCAUCGACUCCGUGGUUGACUGCGACUACCCUGCGAAUUGCAUCCAUGUGUUUCUGUCAUACGAUGGCGGCAAGGUGGAUGAGCCUUAUCUCCGUGUCCUUGACCAUCUUGGUAUUCCGGUCUCACUGGAAAGCUAUCCUCAAAGCAUUGACUGCAUUUACAAGGGUGCACGAAUCACGGUAUCUCGCUUCAAACAUGGCGGUAAAAGGCACUGCCAAAAGCAUACUUUCAAGCUCAUCGACAAGGUCUAUGCUGAGUACCUGAGGAGACAUGACAAUCUGUUCGUGCUUUUCAUUGAUUCUGACUGCAUUCUCGAUCGAGUUUGCUUGCAGAACUUCAUGUACGAUAUGGAACUUAAGCCAGGCAGCAAACACAAUAUGCUCGCAAUGACGGGCAUCAUUACAUCGACGACAGAAAAAAACAGCUUGUUGACGAUUCUUCAAGACAUGGAAUACGUCCAUGGUCAGCUUUUUGAACGAUCUGUUGAGUCUGGCUGUGGUGCGGUAACUUGUCUCCCUGGAGCUUUGACUAUUCUACGCUUCUCGGCUUUCCGCAAGAUGGCCAAGUAUUACUUUUCGGACAAGGCUGAGCAAUGCGACGAUCUCUUCGACUAUGGAAAAUGUCAUCUUGGGGAAGACAGAUGGCUCACUCACUUGUUCAUGAUUGGUGCUACGGAACGGUAUCAAAUCCAGCUAUGUAUGAGCGCCUUCUGCAAGACUGAGGCUGUUCAGACCUUUGCAACUCUCUUGAAGCAACGCCGGCGAUGGUUCCUAGGUUUCAUCACCAACGAGGUUUGCAUGAUCACUGAUAUCCGACUCUGGAAGCGCUAUCCCCUUCUGUGUCUGGUUCGAUUCAUGCAAAAUACAAUCCGGACGACUGCACUGCUCUUUUUCAUCAUGAUAAUCGCACUACUUACAACCUCUAAGAAGGUGGACGAUCUUCCUGUGGGAUUCAUGGGGGUGUCCUUGGGGUUGAAUUAUUUACUCAUGCUAUACUUUGGCCUGCGUCUCGGACGCUAUAAAGCCUGGCUUUACCCCAUCAUGUUCGUUGUAAACCCGUUCUUCAACUGGAUUUACAUGGUCUAUGGUAUUUUCACGGCCGGUCAGCGAACUUGGGGUGGACCACGAGCCGAUGCUGCCACUGCUGAUGAUCAUACCACGCCAGGAGAAGCAGUUGAACGGGCCAAAGAGCAGGGCGAUGAGUUCAAUGUGAACGUCGAUACAUUCCGCACCAAGCUUGUGCGCCGGAGAUCCGUCCCUGUCCGCCCAUCGCCCAAUGUGGAAGGUCGAUUUGCACCUGCCAAGCAGUUACUUGAUGGGUUUUAUGUCAACACAGCCGGCCCUGGGCCCGCAUUGGCACGGAUGGUCAAUGCGAUGGAAAAUCCCGAAGGCUUCCAGUACCGACUACCUCCUCUCUUUUCCCAUUCGACUGACUCUGUGCUCAGCGCAUCUGAUUGCGGCUCUAGCUCGAUCGCCACGCCACAGAACGUUGAAACCCUCCUGAUGAGUGAAGAAGACCAAAAGAAACUUUAUUAUGCACGCCAAGGUCAGGCAUUAAAUUGCUCGGUGAGCCUUGGUGGUCAGAAUUCGGAGAACCGCUUUGAUGGGCCUAUGGUUUCUGCGUUUGGGCACGAUGACUCCGUGGAACUCUCCCAUCCAUCGGAAGCAUACCAGAUGGGGCGUUCUGAGAAUGUUCCUCCAGCCUACCCCAAGCCAAAAGGCAUGGCGCCGAGCUACAUUCAAACCCCGUGA